GAGGAGGCGGGGGAGUUGGUGGUGGAGGAGUCGAGCAGCUGCUGCUCGACUCGGAGGAGGAGGAGGAGCCCACGGCGAUGUCGAGGCAGCCUCGCGGUGAACGGGACCACGUGAGCCGCUGCGAUUUGCGAGCUGAUUCUCGCGAACAACGAGAUUUACGCGACCUACGCGAUCCACGCGACCUAAGGGACCUAAGAGAUCACAGGGACCUCAGGGAUCCCAGAGACUUCAGGGAGAGUUACGCUAACAUUAGACAUAUUCGCGACGAUUACGAUAACGAUCAUCAUCCUUCUUCGACAGAUCGGACAAUAGCUCCAUCUACAUCUGCAUUACCCAAUAAACCGGAAAGAUCUUUCACAAGGGCCACGUUGGAAGAGGUUCGAGCUGAUCUGCAAUUAGUGAAUCUGGGCGUACCAUCGAGAUCUGUGAUCGUCGGCUCGGCAGAUUCAAACUACUCACAGCCGAGCUCGGAUCUCUCGCUGGACGAGGAGAAAGAAAACAUAAGACGUGAAAAAGAGAGGCAGGCCCUUAAUCAACUUGAAAAAGCUAGGACGAAACCGGUAGCAUUCGCAGUGCGGACAAACGUCAGCUAUGACGGUUCCGCUGACGAUGAUUCACCUGUUCAUGGUUCUGCCGUUAGUUUCGAGGUCCGGGAAUUUUUACACAUUAAGGAAAAGUAUGACAACAACUGGUGGAUCGGGAGACUGGUGAAAGAAAAUUGUGACGUGGGUUUUAUACCAUCCCCGGUGAAAUUAGAGGCACUGAGAUUGCAGGCUAGCGCAGCACGUGGUACUAAGGGCCUUUAUUCAGCACGAGGAGGAGGGUCUUCAGGGAACCUUGGCGAGAGUGGUAUGCCUUCACGUGGUUCCACGCCACCUACACCAGGUGACGAUAACGACAGCGUUGGUAACGUGAGACCUGGGAAACCUACCUUGACAACACCACCUGCCAAAGAAAAACGAAAGAAUUUCUUCAAGAAACCGGAAACCACAACACCAUACGACGUUGUACCUUCAAUGAGGCCUGUUGUCCUAGUUGGACCUUCUCUAAAGGGUUACCAAGUUACUGACAUGAUGCAGAAAGCACUUUUCGAUUUUUUGAAACACCGAUUCGAAGGAAGGAUUAUUAUAACAAGGGUGAUGGCUGAUAUCUCGUUAGCAAAGAGAUCAUUAUUAAACAAUCCUACUAAAAGAGCGAUCAUGGAAAGAUCGACAAGUAGAAGUAGUUGUUUGGCAGAAGUUCAAACCGAGAUCGAGAGGAUCUUCGAACUGGCCAGGACACUUCAGUUGGUAGUCCUGGAUUGUGACACGAUAAAUCACCCAUCGCAAUUGGCUAAAACGAGUUUGGCGCCAACGAUCGUUUAUUUGAAAAUCUCAUCUCCCAAAGUCUUACAAAGGUUGAUCAAAACACGUGGCAAAUCACAGAUAAGGCAUUUAAAUGUUCAAAUGGUAGCAGCAGAAAAAUUAGCACAAUGUCCCCCAGAAAUGUUCGACGUAAUAUUAGAUGAAAAUCAAUUGGAAGAUGCCUGUGAACACGUUGCCGAAUAUCUCGAAGCUUAUUGGAGAGCAACCCAUCCUCCUGUUGUUGCUGCAAUACCACGUGCAAUGCCAGCACCUGAUGCACCUGUUGAUGCCUUAACUCCUCGAGUUACACCAGGUGCCCAUCACGAGAGUUACUACGGCCACGAGCCAAGAGGUUCAGGAUCGUAUAGUGGAAGCGGACACAUGAGUGGUGGUGGUACAAGAAGAUCACGUUUGGAAAGGAUGGAUCGUGACCGAUUGGAUCGUAGUGAUCAUGAUUAUGGUACAGAAGAGGAAUCAUACGUUGACAAUUAUGGAGGUGCAUCGAGACGUCGCCAACAGCAAGACUCGCGUGCACUUAACGCCAUUUAGGAGCUGGGGCCCCGGGGCCUGUCGCUACAGCGCUGUCCCUACCUGCGCACCACCGCCCUUUAAUUGUGUGUUGGGGUCGCUAAUGGAUAAAACAAAAAACAAA